AGAGAGGCGGGGGAUUGCGAACACACCGACUGACUGGAGGUCUGCUGCGGACUUAAUCGGAGAAGCACACACUGAAUUAGGGCGAAAAAGUUGCUUCUAACUACCCAUACGGCCGACACAGAACACAGAGAGACACCUCUGGAGUUUCUAAAGCCCAGCAGUUCCCCACAAGUCGGACAUGAGGUGCCCUCCAGGCCUGGGUCGCUGAGCAGCUGAGGUCAAGGUUCAAGUGCUUGUUCCGGCAGUCAUGGCUGACAAGGACGGGCCGCCCAUCGCCCCGGGCCAGGUCUACAUCGAGGUGGAGUACGACUAUGAGUACAAGGCCAAAGACAAGAUGGUGGCCAUCCGCCAGGGGGAGUGCUACAUGCUGGUGAAGAAGACUAAUGAGGACUGGUGGCAGGUGAGGAAGGAGGAGGGCACAAAGGCCUUUUAUGUGCCGGCGCAGUACGUCAGGGAGGUGCGGCGGGCGCUCAUGCCCCCUCAGAAGCCCACCUUAAGGGCCAAGCCCACCGUUUUGGAUAUCCGCCGGGCAUCCGAUGAAAACCUCAACCGACCCCAACCGGAAAUGUCCAGCUUUGGGCGUCCGUCGCCUUCCUCCACCCCCUCGCCGUCCUCGGAUCGUGUCUCCCCGCCGGCUCUGUCCAAGGAUGCUAACCAGAACCUGGGGAGUCCCCAUCACUGCAAGAUGGUAGCUGAACUGGUGCUACUUCACAACAACAACAACCACCACCACGCCAAUAAUUCAACGUUGCCAAGGACACGGGCAGACUCGCCUCCGCUCAAAGUAGGGAACAACCACAACAAAAGUCCAGAUAGUGACAAGACCUCCCCUCUGAGCAACCCGCCAGGAGAUCGGCUGAACAAGCUCCACAACGACUCGGAGUCUGGGGAUGAGCUGAGCAGCAGCUCUACAGAACUUAUGCAGACGACGUCCCCUACAGGUCAGGGCCGCUCCGACUCGCCGGUCUACACCAACCUCCAGGAGCUGAAGAUCUCUCAGUCCAGCCUGCCCCCCAUCCCCUCCAGUUCCCCUCUCCACAUCCUGGGCGAGUGGGAGACCCACAAAGACUUGAGCGGCAGACACUUCUACUACAACCGAGGCUCCGGAGAGAGGACCUGGAAGCCCCCCCGCACCAGGGACACCAGCGGCAGCACCAGCAGCUUCAGGGGAGACAGCCAGGGCACAGCGGAGAGCGAGCCGCUGUCCUCAGAGGAAAACUGUCACAGCACCCACUCCAGUCAGUCUGACAGCCAGUACGGGUCCCCCCCUAGAGGCUGGUCUGAGGAGCUGGAUGAGCAUGGACACACUCUCUACAUCUCUGAACACACACAGGAGAAGUGGAUAAAACAUGUGGAUGAACAAGGCCGGCCCUACUACUACAGCGCUGAUGGAUCCAGGUCAGAAUGGGAACUGCCCAAGUACAACAUGUCCCCUCUGUCCGGGGAGGUUCCCAAGAGUCGCAGUCUGGAGAGGAAGCAGCAGGACCCCAUCGUGCUCACCAAGUGGAGACACAGCACCUACGUCUUAGACCUCAACGACAAGGAGUGUGCUCCGGCGCCCAAGCAGAGCCCCCCCGACUCUGACUCCUGCCCCUCAUCUCCUAAGCAUCCCUCGACCCCCUCGGAGAAAUGCGGAGUUCUCAAUGUCACCAAAAUCACGGAGAAUGGAAAGAAAGUCAGGAAGAACUGGACCUCCUCGUGGACAGUGCUGCAGGGGUACUCUCUCCUCUUUGCAAAGGGUCAGGGGGGCAGCACCAGCUGGUUUGGGGGCAACCAGUCCAAGCCGGAGUUCACGGUGGAUCUGCGGGGGGGGUCGGUGGACUGGGCCUCUAAGGACAAGUCGAGCAAGAAACACGUCAUCGAGCUGAAGACUAGACAAGGAACAGAGCUGCUGAUCCAGUCAGAGAUCGACAGCGUAAUCAACGACUGGUACCGGGCCCUCACAGAGACCAUCAACACACACGCCUGGGAGUCGGAUGAGGCCAUUGAGGAGGACAUGCCUGAGUCCCCAGGAGCUGAGAAGCAGGACAAGGAGAAGGACCACCGGGACUCCAAGAAGAACAGAGUGAUGAAGACCUCUGUGAGUAUGGACUCAUCAGACCAGAAGAAAACCAGGUUGAAGCUCAAGAAGUUCCUGACGCGUCGACCCACAUAUCAGGCUGUACGAGACAAGGGAUACAUCAAAGAUCAGGUGUUUGGCUGCAGUCUGACCAGUCUGUGCCAGAGGGAGAACACAUCGGUACCCAACUUCGUCACCAUGUGCAUCGACCAUGUGGAGAACACAGGUCUCAGUAUUGACGGCUUAUACAGAGUGAGCGGGAACCUGGCAGUGAUCCAGAAGCUGCGCUUUGCUGUGAAUCAUGAUGAGACAUUGGAUCUGAAUGACAGUAAGUGGGAGGACAUCCACGUCUGCACCGGAGCUCUGAAGAUGUUCUUCAGGGAGCUUCCCGAGCCGCUCUUCACGUACGGGUCCUUCGAAGACUUUGUGGAGGCCAUCAAAUCCUCAGACUACAACCAGCGAGUGAACUCAAUCAAAGACUUGAUAAAUAAGUUGCCAAAACCCAACCACGACACAAUGCAAGGCCUCUUCGAACACCUGCGGAGGGUAAUUGAUCACGGGGAGGCCAACCGCAUGACCACCCAGAGCGUGGCCAUCGUGUUCGGACCCACGCUGCUCCGGCCCGAGACCGAGACGGGCAACAUCGCGGUCCACAUGGUGUACCAGAACCAGAUAGUGGAGCUCAUACUGCUAGAGUACGAAAGCAUCUUCGGCAGGUAGAGGCACUCAGAAUACGUGCCGGACUUUCAAAUCACGGACUUCUUUUUCCUUCCCCCCUUUUUUUCUUUGACUGAACUGAACAUUGCUGUGGACCAAGCAGUUGGGAGAGAAAAAAAAUGACCUCCAUUGACAGGACAGUUUUUCAAAAGUGUUGCACUUACAGAAGUUUUGGAGAUGAAUAAAAAAAUAAAAGGUGUACAGAUUUCACCUGCUUCUUAAUGGACAGUGUUUGGAAGUGAUGACGUCCGUGUCAUUUUGGUGGAUUUGAGUAUUCAGGUGUUUUCACAUACACUGGAUCCCUGUGGCCAGUAUUUCAAGGGGGGGAUGGGGGGGGACCCUUUGCCUCCUGGUGGAGCCGACCAGACUUUGGCACACCGCGGGGGGCCGCGUGGCAUUAUUAGCCAAACCUCAUCACCUCGGAAUGAGCUGAAUCUGAACUGGAUAGGUUGUUUUUUUUGUCUGUGUCGUGGAGCUUCGUCUGUGAUGUACAAACCAUGUGUGGUUUUGGAUCAGGUGGUAAAAAAAUAAUCAGUGUUAUGUUAACGGACUGUCUUUUUUGGCACUUGGAUGAACUGGAGUUACAGAUUGUGUCCCCAACUUACCUUAAUGACACCGUCACGCCCUGUCCCUCACCCACCCCCCCCUACCCCCUUUUCAGCCAGUGUAAACCAUUAACCCUGUGACUUGCGCGUCCUGUGACUUGAAUGAAUGAGGACAAACCCUCCGUCUGUCUGUGUGUGUGAGUGAAUUAACCUAUAUGGAAUAAAACCUGAGCAGAAGCAUCCUCGUCUUGCCACUUUGUACAAACUGUGUGUCGUGUAGUCUUACGUGCUUUGGUAAAGUUUCCGUUAAGCUGCCGGCGGUCAUCGUCUGUGCUCCUUUUAUCCUGGUGUUACUGGAAAAAAGUGGAUUUCUGGGGGGAAUGCAAUGUUACCAAUUUGUACAUGAAUUGUCUCUAACAAAUCGGCUUGAUGACCCUUCUCUUCGCCUAAGCUAAUAUUAAAGAGUAUUCAGAGAAGGGAAAAGGUACUGAGAAUAAGUCUAAGCUCGAUGUAUGGAAGUGUGUGGGUGUUCAAAUGAAAAAAAGAGCCUUUAAAAAAACCUUGCAAAGCAUAUGUACAGCGACAGAAGCUAGUUGUUUAAAAUGUGUUAUAGUGACUGAGGUAUGUAUGCUUUGAUGGUGAACUAGUGAAAGAUUUUGAUUUUGUAAAUUUGAAUGAAAAAAACAUGACUAUACACAGAUUGUGAAAAAAACAUACACAUGAUCGACUGUUAUUUUUGUUUGAAGGUGUACCUGGAGUGUUUUGCGCAUGGUCAGCUGCACAUUUUGAAUGUAAUUUCCAGGCUAACUGCUGUUUGUGAAACUGCUAUGUCUAAUAAAAAAGACAAACUAAAUGUUCA